ACUACUUUUAAAAUAUCAUCGGGUUAAUGUUUAACUUCCCGGUUAGGUUUAUUAUUAUGAAGCUAAUACCGGAAGCUGUCGUUUUACUCUUUCUGAAAGUUUAUUCGUCUGAUGCUGGAACAUCUUCGAUUGGAUCGACAACUAAUCUCGAAUGUCCAUUAAGUUUGAUAGCAUAUCAUUGGUAUAAGAAAUUUAUUGGUGGAACUAAAUUGUUAAACAAUGGCGACAAAUAUAACGGUACAUCAAAUAAAACUCUAACAAUAAAAAACUUUGAGCUGACGGAUGAAGGUUUCUAUAGAUGUGAAGGAUUUACUACUGGUGGUACAUAUUCUAUGAGUCAUUUGAUAGAGUUGUCUGUAGCAGUUGAUGGUGGAUGGUCGACCUGGAAGACAUGGGACGCUUGCACAGCUACAUGUGGAACUGGGCAACACAGACGAAGACGUUAUUGUAACAAUCCUAGACCAGCAAAUGGUGGCGCAAGUUGUCAAGGAGGAGGUUAUGAAUACAGAUCGUGUUCACCAUCUUUAUGUCCAGUUGAUACUGGAUGGUCGGCAUGGGAUUCUUGGGGAGUAUGUAACGUCACAUGUGGACAUGGACAACAUAGUAGGAGACGAUACUGUAAAAAUUCUUAUCCAACAAAGAGCGGCGCUUAUUGUCAAGGAGAAGAAUAUGAUUUCAACUCCUGUACAUUAUCAUCAUGUUCAGUUCUAGAAGAACAACAAUCAACAAAUAUACCAAUAGUAGUUGGAACAGUCAGUGGUGUCGUAGUCAUUGGAAUAGUAAUAAUACUUGUGGUUAUUUAUGCGAAAAGGAGAUGGUACCACUCUAAAAAGGAGCCGAAAUAUGACAUAACAGAUAUCACGAGAGUUAAAUCGCAUAUCUAUGAAGAAACACAUGUCAAUCAUAUGUACCAAAAUGAUCUACAGAGGGAUGUUAUAGAGGUUAAUGUAACGGAAAAUAAUAGAUAUUAGUGGCAAUAACGGAUUACUUAUAGCCAUAUUGGAAAAUAUCCGGCAACAAAUUGGAGUUUCAGAGAGAGGGUCAAUGUAUUCUGAUUCUCAUUAUUGAUAUUUCAUUUUACUUUACAAUACAUGUCAUCUUUUAAAUUUUGGUAAUGUAAAGUUAUUUGUCAUCGGCAUACGGCUUGUCAUAGGACCAAGUAGCGUUACAUUCGUUAUAACCAGUUUUUUCAACUAAGUAUGGCUCAACGACAAAUAGUUAAAUUUAUUUGCAAUUUCCAUACUAAAAUGCAUCCAAAAUCGUUCUACAAAUUGACCGCCGAUUAUUGAUUUCAAAUGUGAUUGUUAUUGACUGGUAAUGCGAAUUGCUGCAGUAGAUAUAAGUGGUUCAUUAAAAUAUGAAAUUCAAAUAGUGAAGAUGUGGAAUUUAAUAAAACAUUUUGUUAAUCAAGUGUAGUAGAUUGGAUUACGAAUUGCUUGCUCAAUAAUGAUUAAAGGGGCACUAGUUGACAAAUUCAUGUUCACCGAUUUGACUCAAAUUCUCAUAUUUGAUUUAUAACAUACUAAAACGUAUAUCUAAAUUACAAUAAGUCUGAAAUAAACAGAUAAAAAAACAUGUACUCGAUAAUAGAAUGAAUAGAUUGCGACCAUGUGCAAUUGGAUUUUCAUAGGUCAGUUUGAUUUCAUGUUAUAGGUUAAAUAAGAAUGUGUCCAUAGUAAACGGAUGCCCCAUCCGCACUAUCAUUUUCUAUGUUCAGUGGACCGUGAAAUAUGGGUCAAAACUCUUAUUUAGCAUUAAAUUAAAAAGAUCAUAUCAUAGGGUACAUGUGUACUAAGUUUCAAGUUGAUUGGACUUCAACCUCGUUAAAAACUACCUUGAUCAAAAACUUUAUACUGAACCGGGACAGUCGGACGAACGGACGGACGCAUAUACCGUAAAAACAUAAUGCCCCUAAGUGGGCAUAAAAAUAAGUUAUUUAACGCUUUUACCUGUAUAAGAAUGAUUUUUUUUGUUGAUCGAAUCUGUCAACGAAAUGGUUCGCCUUUCUUUCACUUUCAACAUGUUCAAUGUUGACAUUAUUUUCUCUUUAAUAGCUGAACACGACUCAUGCAUACGUUACCAUUCUCUAGCUAAUGGGUUAAAUUUAAGGUCACAUGAAUACGGAUGAUUUAAUGAGGUCGAAUUAUUCACUUGCAAGUGAAUAAUUCAUCAGUGAUAUUUCUUUGAUUAUUUUGACAAAUUUGAACGACAUUGGCUGUUAAAAACGAAAUAUUAAUUCAUCAUUCAAUUUUAUUAAUGAUUGAACCAAACAAAAUCAUAUUCUAAUUUUUUUCAUAUAAUAAAAACUCCUCAAACUGCUAUCAUAGAACAAUUGGUCUAUCCUUUAAAAAAACAUUUUUAAUUAUUGAUACAAAUAUAAAUAGAUGAUAUAGUCUACAGGAUGUUAUUCAAUUAGUUAUCAUAAUGUAUUUAUUUUUCGAUUUCAAUGGCCAAAACUGCUUCCAUAAUAUCUUCUUAUUUCACCAAACAUUAGAAAAUGUCGCACAGAUGACGUGUAAUUACCCUUAAAAUUGAAAAAAAAGUAAUUUGCGUUUUAAAUGCUAAACAUAUGUUCGUUUUGCUCUGCAUCAUUACAAUCGUUGAGCCCUGACUUACCUAUAAUCCUUGAUCCGUCCCUGUUCAAGUAUAAGAAUUCUUUAGGCCAUUCGGUUUAUAAAAGAAUCUAUUGUUUAUAUUUAUCAAUAUAUAAAUUUUCGCCAUUAGUUUUGAAACUUAAUUUGUCAAACAAUUGUCCACAGAACAAAUAUCCAAAACUACACAAGUAAAUAAAUAGGAUUAUAAUAAAAAUGAUGAUUACAUGGAAGUUUUACAAACACAGGCAGACAACAUCUCUUCAAAAAACGACCUGAAUACAUCUGUAGAGGAGAUCACUCGUAUAUUAUAUGACAGUGUUUUAAAGUUUUUUUGUCGAUCAGUUCUAAUUAAAGAAGUCAAUAGAAAUACAGAAAGAAAAAACAAUGAUUGGUUUGAUGAAAAGUGUAAAUCAGAGCGCCAUAUUUUUCAUCAAGUCCGAAACUUCUUUUUUCGACAUACAACUGUGAAUAGACAAUUGCAUGUCGUUGCUAACAGGAUAAAACGUCAAGCCCAAAAUAAACGAUAAACGGUGAAUGGACAUUGAACUUUGUGACAAUGCAAAAACUGACCCACGAACAUUUUGGUCCACUAUCAGGCCUACGAAUAUAACACGAUGCACAAUUGAAAAUGAUGUGAUUUUAAAACAUUUCGAAAGAGUUCUCGGCGCGAAAAUCCACCUGAUCUUUGUAAUGAAGUAUUGAACUUGAUAAAUAAUGAACAUUUUGAAAAUAUAGGCAUAGAUAUCUUAGACUCUGCAAUUACUGAAGAUGAAAUUGUAAAAUCGAUAACAAAAUUUAAAUUGGGCAAAAGCGCGGGAAAUGACCAAAUUAUCAGCGAAAUGUUUCUGAAAGUCCAAUAUUCUUUUCUCCAAUUCUAAAUAAACUUUUCAAUUAUUCUUUUGAAAAUGGAACUUUUCCUGAUACUUGGGCAGAUGGUAUUGGUUUUGCUGUUCUUUAGAGUAGAGAUUUGACCAAUCCAAAUAACUAUCGACUCAUUGGUUUAGUGAGUGUCUUAUCCAAAGUGUUAACGUCUAUUCUGACGACUCGAUUUCUAGUAUGGUCCGAAGACGAAGAUAAACUAAUCGAAAAUCAAUUUGGUUUUCGUCUCGGACAUUCGACUACUGAUGCUAUUUUUAUUCUACAUGGUAUCAUUGUACAUAUUCUUAAACAAAAGAUGAAACUAUACAGCGCUUUCGUUGACUUUCGAAAAGCGUUCGAUAGAUUAAGCAGGAGAAUUUUGAUAUAUAAAUUACUUCGAAAUGGAGUCAGCAGUAAAUUUGUGGCCAUUAUUAAAUCUAAUUAUGCGUCUGUGCGUCUCCGAGUAAGAUCUGGUGGUAAAAAAUUGCAUUUAGGGAAACUAUAAAUCAAUACUCUCUGCCUGGGAAUAAUCUAGAAACAGAAUUAUCAGUAAACCCACACAUGUUUUGGGAACUCUUAAAAUGUAAGAUAAGAGGGAAAACAAUAUCAUAUGCCAGUUAUAUAAAAAAAGAAAAACACAAAAACCGAAAAUGAUUUAGAACUUAAGUUAGCUAAAUUACUUGAAAAUUAUGAAAUAGAUCCCUCAGAAUUAAUAAAUACAGAAAUUAAAAGUUUAGAAGAAGAACUUGUUCAACACAGAGAGAAAAUAGUAACAGGUAUUAUGGCAAGAGCAAAGGCAAGAUGGGUAGCAGAAGGUGAAAAAUGUACUAACUAUUUUUGUUAUCUUGAAAAAAGAAAUUAUGAGAAAAUAAUUCCAAAAUUAAUCAAGGAUAAUGGAGAGGAAAUUUUUAAUCAAGGUGAAAUUUUAGAAGAACAAAAAUCAUUUUAUGAAAAAUUGUACUCCUCAACAAAUCCUAUUCUUCAUCAAGAACAUAAAAAUCUAUUUUUUUAUGAAAAUAAUCCGUUUAUCCGCAAACUCUCUGAUGAACAGAGGUUACAGGCAGAGGGUAAUUUGAAUGCUAAUGAAUGCUUAAAAACAUUGUAAAAUAUGAAAAAUGGUAAAUCUCCAGGAAUGGAUGGAUUUACAACUGAAUUUUAUAAAUUCUUUUGGAUAGACCUCCAUGAAUUUAUUAUAAAAUCUUUCAAUUAUAGCUUAGAAACUGGAACUUUUUCUGUUAGUCAGAAACAAGGAGUUAUAACAUGCAUUCCAAAAGAGGGUAAAUCAAAAUUUCAAUUAAAAAACUGGAGACCAAUCACUAAAUGUUGGUACAAAAAUUGCAUCAGCUGCUUUAGCAAAUAGAAUAAAACCAUUCUUGGGGAUAUAAUCAGUGAAACACAGCAAGGUUUCAUAAAGGGAAGGUAUAUUGGAGAAUGUACCAGGCUUAUUUUUGACAUUAUGGAAAAGGCAGAAGAUGAUAAUCUUCCAGGUCUUUUACUUUUAUUAAAUUUUUGAGAAAGCUUUUGAUACCCUUGAAUGGUCAUUUAUAGACUUGGCUCUGUCUUUUUUAGGAUUCGGUCCUAUUUUUUAUAGAUGGGUCAAGACCUUAUAUUCAGAAUCUCAGAGCUGUAUUAUAAACAAUGGCCACUGCUCUCAAUUUUUUAAUAUUGGUCAGGGUGUUAGACAAGGUGAUCCUUUAUCUCUUUAUCUUUAUUAUCUUUAGAACUUAUGAGCGCUGCACUUAAAAAUAACCCGGAGAUAAAUGGUAUGCAAAUAAAUGAUUCAGAAUAUCUACUAAGCCAGUAUGCAGAUGACUCAUGUCUUUUAUUAGACGAGAAUGAGCAAUCUUUAGAAAAAUGUUUAUAUACUUUAGAAAAAUUCUCUGAGUGUGCUGGAUUAAGGGCUAAUUUUGAUAAAACUGAAGCCAUAUGGAUUGGGUCAAAGAUUCACUCAAGGGAUAAACUAACAAUUACAAGUUAUUUGAACUGGAAUUAUUCAGGAAAAUUUAAACUUUAGGGAAUAAAAUAUGAUCUGUUCAUUGAAAAUAAAACAGUUGUAAAUUUUGUGGAAAAAAUUAACAAAAUACAGAGCUUACUUAAUUCUUGGGUAUAUAGAGAUUUAACGUAUAUGGGAAUGAUCACUGUUAUUAAAUCAUUAGCUCUACCUAUUCUAAUUCAGUCAUUGACAGUUUUGCCAAACCCACCAGUUGAUAAAAUAAAAUAAAUUCAAAACAUUAGCUCUACCUAUUCUAAUUCAGUCAUUGACAGUUUUGCCAAACCCACCAGUUGAUAAAAUACAAGAAAUUCAAAACAUUUUCUUUAGUUUCUUGUGGUCAGGAAAACCAGAUAAGAUUAAAAGAAAAGUUAUGAUAGGGUUAUAUGAAAAAGGGGGGUUGAAAAUGCCAGAUAUAAGAUCUUUUUGUUAUUCACUAAAGAUGACAUGAAUAAAUAAACUUUUAGACCCCUUGAAUAUAUCCCCAUGGAAAACACUGUUAAUAGAUCAAUACAACAGAUCCGGAGCAGACAAAAUAUGGUUGAUGACCCCUGAUGGUAUCCAAAAGAUUUCUACAAAUUUUAAUAAUUUUUGGAAAGAUAUUUUACUAAACUGGAAUAUCCUAAACACUGUCACUAAUGACACUGCUGAAGGGAUCAUGAAGCAAUCCAUAUGGCUAAACAAGAGUUUGACAAUAAAUAAUAAAACUGUCUUUUACCAGAGGUGGGUUGAAUCAGGAGUUUUCUUUGUGGGUGAUUUACUUGAUGAAAAUAGUGAAUUUUUUACUUUAAAGGAGUUCUGCAGAAAAUAUAAUCUUAAUAUUGAUUUCUUGGAAUACCAUUCUACACUUCAUAUGAUACCAAAAGCCUGGAAGGAUCUAAUCACUACUUCAGUGAAAAUUAUGCACAUAUCUAAUGAUAAUUUGGAAUUUAUUAAAAACAAUAAAAAGUCAUGUCAAUUCUUUUAUAAAAAAAAUCUUGUCAAUGUAUACAGAACGUCCUACAAAACAAGAAGACAAAAUGUGUAAAGAACUAAGCACUCAUAUAGAAAAUUGGGAUUUCAUUUAUAGUUUACCCUUUUGUUGCAAUAAAAACAACAAAUUUAGUAUGUUCCAGUUUAAGAUUUUACAUAGAACUCUCGCUACAAAUGCAUUAUUGCAGAAAUAUGGGUUAAAAGAAACUAACUUAUGUAGUUUCUGUAAUGAAACUAAAGAAACUAUAAGUCACCUUUUCUGGGAAUGUACCCAAGUUAGAAAUUUGUGGUUAGAAAUUGCAGCACUUUUUCAAGUUAAAAAUAAUCUGACUUUAAUGUUUAAUGCGGAAACUAUUGUUCUUGGGUCAGAGUCUUGGGAUGUUUCCCUUAACUAAUUCACUAGUCUGGUUAAGUAUUAUAUUUAUACAUGUCGCUUUAACACUUCAUUACCGACUCUUACAGGGGCGAUAGUUUUGAUUAAAAAUUCCUACCAAAUAGAAAAAAAUAUCUACCUCCUUUUACAGAUCCCCUAAAGCAAGAGAGAAAUUUGAUAGUAAAUGGGAAUUGAUUAUAAACUUAGUUUACAUGUGAGGAGAGAUCUUUCUUUUUUGUACUCACUUUAGGCUUUAUAAUAAUUCAUGUAGAAUUAAUGAUAUGUUGAUGCGCAUCACAACUGGACAGUGAUUUGUGUGCAUCACAAAAGUGCUAUCUAUGAUGCUUAUUGAUAUUGUUAUAUAUAUAUUGAUACACUUGUUUUUGCUUGAUUGUAUUUGAAUUAUCUCCCCUUGACUUAGGUUGUCUUUGACUGUUGUUAUUUAUUUUGUGAUUCUGUCCAACUGGUCCUGUCUGACCCUUAUCUGUUAAUGAUCUCUGUUGGCCUCUCCUGGUACCUCUCAUGUUUAACAUCAUAGUAUUGACAGUGAUGCAUAUGGCAAGAGGAGAAGGCUGAUGCCAUCAUUAACAAUAUCAACAUAUUCAUGUAAGAUAAUCCAGAGUGAUAAAUGAUGAGUAUGAUCUAAUAGAUAAUUAUCAUAUAGAUAAUAAAAAAAUAGCAUUUUUAACUUUUUAACUGUUAUUGAAAAAUUUAAUAUUAAUACAUGUAUUAUAAAUUAUCUAUGUAUUCAUGUAUCACAAUGCUUGGUGCUUUUUUUUAGAUAAAAUAAAAAUAAAUUACAAAAAUAAAGAUA